AUGUUCGUCUUACGCUCACUCUCAUUUGCCUUGGCGGUCUGCUCGAUCUGUGUUGCACCCUCUCUGGCUCGUAACAAUCACCUGUCGCGCAGCGAUUCACUGGCUGUUCCCCGCCAUAAUCUUCCACCGCCUACGUAUGCCAACGAAAGUCUCGUUCUCGGUGACGAUCCUGCUGCACUUCAGAGACGCGACGGCACGAAAUAUGUUUUUAUGCAUCAUAUCGUCGGAAGUACCUACGACUACACGUCUGCGCUGUGGUCCAUGGACAUCCAGGAAAUACGUGCUAAGGGGGUCGAUGCCAUCGCCCUCAACAUCGGCCCAGAUAGUUGGCAAGCGACACAAAUCGCCUCCGCCUUCGCAGCCGCAAAGGGAACCGACAUGAAACUCUUCUUCUCCUUCGAUUUCGCCUCCGGUUAUCCCUCUUCGGUGUCUUCGGUUGUCGCCCUUGUCAACUCGUAUGCCUCGGACUCCAACCAAUUCCUCGUUAACGGCAAGCCGAUGAUCUCCAGUUACGAGGGAGGGACACUGUCUGCUUCUGAUUGGGCAUCAAUCAAGUCGCAGACAGGUGGUUACCUUAUGCCAUUCAUAUCAGGGCUAGAGGGUAACUUUGGUUCGUGGAGCACGCUUGAUUCGUGGUACUGCUGGGGUUGCGCAUGGCCCAAUGGUAACGUUGACAAGACUACUGCCGAUGAUUAUUACUACAUGGAUCAACUGGCCCAGGGCGAUAUCCAGUAUGCCACCACGAUAUCCGGAUGGAUGUUCACACACUACUCCUACAAGAACUUCUACCAAAGAGGUGACAAUUGGUUGAUUAACAACCGUUGGGAGGAGUUGAUCAGUAUGCGGUCUUCCCUGACACACGUCGAGAUGGUUACCUGGAACGAUUAUGGAGAAUCCGAUUAUUUCGGUCCCCUGGGCAGGAGUGAUGCACCAACAGGUACAACGUGGGCUGAUGGCUUCCCGCAUACUGCAUGGUUCGACAUGUCUGAGUAUUACAUCACUGCGUUCAAGACAGGCUCCUAUCCCACAAUUACUAAAGACGUGAUCUACUUCUGGGCUCGACCACAUCCAGCAUCUGCUUCAUGUCCGAAUGAUCCCGUUGGGACGGUCUCAGGCGGUAGCUGGGCUCAGGACUAUCUCUGGGCUGCCGUGUUUGCUACUAGUUCCGGAAGCGUAACCCUUACCUCGGGAAGUAACUCGCAAACGUUCAGCGUUUCUACCGGCGUCAAUAAGCUUCAGCUAUCUCUUUCCUCCGGGAGUAUAUCUGUUAGUAUGAGUCGUAAUGGUGCUGUUUUAUUCAGUGCGACUCCGACAGAUUUCACGUAUACCACUAGUCCUACUAUUUAUAACUACAACGCAUACGUCGGAUCUGCGAGUGCGACAACUUCUGCUACCAGUACCACCGCCACUUCAGCUUCGGCCUCUACUGCCACCUCCACCACAUCGUCUUCUACAUCGUCUUCUACUGCGACCUCGACCUCGACUUCAACUUCAUAUACCUAUGUUGGAUGUUACGCCGACUCGGAUACAAGAGUCCUCUCAACCCAACUUAUCAGCGGCUCUUCUUCUCUGACUACCGAGUCUUGUAUGGCUACCUGCACAGCAGCUGGCUACGCAUACGGAGGAGCUGAGUAUGGUACCGAAUGCUGGUGUGGAAAUUCUGUAUCGUCCACUGCGUCCACCUCGUCCGGCUGCACCUAUUCGUGCUCCGGAAACUCGAAUGAAUUGUGUGGCGGUAACUGGGCCAUCUCCGUGUAUCAUGCUGGAACCUCCACUACCACGGCUACCACAUCCGCUGCAACCGCCACUUCGACCAGCUCAUCACUCACUCACAUCGGAUGUUAUACCGACUCAGACACGAGGGUUCUCUCAACGAAUAUAUUCAGCGACUCAUCUUCUCUGACCAUCGAAUCCUGUGCUUCGUCCUGUACGAGCGCUGGUUGGACGUACAGUGGCGUUGAAUAUGGCCAACAAUGUUGGUGUGGCGCUUCUAUCUCUUCAAGCGCGUCGGCGUCAACGGGCUGCACAUACACUUGUCCUGGAAACUCGAACGAGUUGUGUGGCGGUAAUUGGGCCAUCGAUGUCUAUAGGGCUGGAACGUCAUCCGGCUCGACAACGACGGCGACUACCACGUCCGCUGCUGCCGCCACGUCUACCGCCUCCUCGUCAUCGUAUACUUAUGUUGGCUGCUACACGGACGGGGACACCCGAGUCCUUUCGACCCAACUAAUCAGCGGUUCCUCUUCGUUGACAACUGAAACGUGCAUGGCAACUUGUGUAUCUGCCGGAUAUAGUUAUGGGGGUACAGAGUAUGGUAGUGAAUGCUGGUGCGGCAAUUCUGUCUCUUCAAGCGCGUCGACGUCGACGAGCUGCACAUAUUCUUGCGCUGGAAACUCGAACGAGUUAUGUGGCGGUAAUUGGGCCAUCGACGUUUACCAUGCUGGAACGUCAUCCGGCUCGACAACAACGGCGACUACCACGUCCGCUGCCGCCGCCACUUCCACCGCCUCCUCGUCGUCAUCGUAUACUUAUGUUGGAUGCUACACGGACGGGGACUCCCGAGUCCUUUCGACUAACCUGAUCAGUGGUUCUUCUUCGUUGACAACUGAAACGUGCAUGGCAACUUGUGCAUCGGCUGGAUAUAGUUAUGGGGGUACGGAGUACGGCGAUGAGUGCUGGUGCGGCAAAAGUAUCUCAUCCACUGCAAGCAGCGGCUCAGGUUGCACUAUGACCUGUAACGGAAAUGCAAAUGAGAUAUGUGGCGGAAACUGGCAAAUAUCCGUCUAUCAGCUAGGAACAAGUUCUUCGACAGUCUCAGUGACCUUCUCUGAGACAGCCUCAACUAGCUCAGGCGAGAACGUCUACCUCGUAGGGAGCAUCAGCCAGCUCGGUUCAUGGGCUCCAGCUUCUGCGAUCGCUAUGACGUCUUCCUCAGGAACAUGGUCUACCACCGUGUCCCUGCCUCCAAGCACGACGUUCGAGUACAAGUUCAUUCGUAAAGAAUCGGACGGCUCGAUUGUCUGGGAAUCAGACCCCAACCGCUCCGCAACCACAAGCUCCUCAGGUUCUCAGACCAUCAGCGGUAGUUGGCGCUAA